AUGGGCUCCCUCGCCGCCGCCGACGAGCCGCUGCCUCCUCUCCGGUACCCUCCGGCCCGCCGCGACGGCGACAUUGUGGAUGACUACCAUGGCGUUCUUGUGCCGGACCCCUACAGAUGGAUGGAGGAGCUGGAGUCGGAGGAGGUGAAGGAGUACGUGGGCGCGCAGGCGGCCCUGGCGAACGCCGUGCUCGCCACCUGCGACCACCGCGGGCGCCUGCGCGGGCAGCUCACGGCGCUGCUCGACCACCCGCGCUACCGCGCCCCCUUCAAGCGCGCCGGCACCUACUUCUACUUCCACAACCCCGGCCUCCUCCCCCACAGCGCCCUCUACGUCCAGCACGGGCUGGGCGGCGAGCCGAGCGUGCUGCUGGACCCGGGCGAGCUCAGCGACGACGCCACGGUGUCGCUCUCCAUGAUCGGCGUCAGCGACGACGGCGAGCACCUCGCCUACGGCACCAGCGCCAGCGGCAGCGACUGGGUCACCAUCAGCGUCAUGCGCGUCCGCGACAGGCGCCGCCUCCCCGACGCCCUGUCCUGGGUCAAGUUCUCGCGCAUCGCCUGGACCAGCGACGGCAUGGGCUUCUUCUACUCGCGCUUCCCGGCUCCAAAGGACGACGACGGCGCGCCGGAGUCCGGGAUCAGGACCGACGUUAACCUCAACCACGAGGUCUACUACCAUUUCCUCGGAACUGACCAGUCUGACGAUGUCAUGUGCUGGAAGGACCCCGAGCAUCCAAAGUACAUAUACACCCCCGAAGUUACAGAGGACGGCAUGGUACACUUGCCAUUGCCAACCAACUUACUACUGCCUUGCUCAUCACCAAUCUUGUUGACACUUCGGGGCUAA